AUGGCAUCCAAUGGCAAAUACACAGCCCGCCAAAUCUUAAAUGGGUUCUACUCAGCAGAGCGUGAAUACAUGUCAUCCACACCAGACACGCGUGAUUUCGCCGGCAUCGCAGCCACCAUAGCCCCCGAAUUCCGAUUGGAGCAAACACCUGCUCUACCAUAUGCCGGCGUCUACAUCGGACCAGAUGGAAUGCAGGAUUGGGCCUCCCGUAUGGCCGAUUACUUCGAAGUUGUCGAUGUGCAAAAUCCAGAAGUUUUCGAGAACCCCGGAUCGGACCGGAUUGUGGUACUGUCAAACGUACAUUUUAAGGUACGGGAAACUGGCCAGGAACUGAAUUUUCCAUUCUGUCAGGCUAUUACUGUUGACCUUGAGCGUGGUGUUAUGAUUGAAAUGAGGCCGUUCUACUGGGAUGUUGCGGCUGUAAAUAAGGCCCUAGGGCAUGCCGAGUGA